CUCCGUCAACACAACAAUGGCGGAUGCCGUGGAGGAAGCUCUUCAGGGCAGCUGGGACCAGGAUCUAGCUGAGGCUCUGGACUCUGGUGGCUCAGACAUGGAGAUGGAGAGGAGCAUCAUCCAGGUCCAGGAGCAUUCAGCUCAACACAGGGCCAAGAUGUGGAAGAUCGCUCUAAAUGUCUCUGGAAAAGGAGACAGCCUGUCUCCCUGGGACGGCGUCCUCGAUUUGCCAGAACAGACGCUCAUUCACAACCGCAGUCAACAGCUGAUCGACCAGCUGGGAUCAACAGAGGAAGACACAAGUGAAAUGGUGUCCGAUGUUGAGUCUGUCAUCACUUUCUACUGCAAGUCCCGCAACAUUAUGUUUACCCCUGAGCUCAGCUGGCCACACCUGCUCAAACCACUGCUGGGGCUUCAGCUGCCUCGCAGCGACCUCUACAACUGCUUCUAUGCUAUCAUGAACAAAUACAUCCCCAGAGACUGUGUGCCAAAAGGCCGACCUUUCCACCUGUACAGACUACUGCUGCAGUAUCAUGAGCCAGAGCUCUGCUCCUUCUUGGACACCAAAAAGAUCACACCUGACUCGUAUGCCAUCAACUGGAUGGGCAGUCUCUUUUCCAGCCACUGCCUUCCUGAAGUUACCCAGUCUUUGUGGGACUCCUACCUCCAGCAGGCUGACCCCUUCCUCAUCUUCUUCCUCAUGCUCAUCAUCCUCGUCAAUGCCAAAGAGAACAUCCUUUCACAAGAAGGAGACAGUAAAGAGGAAAUUAUCAAAAUGCUGGAAGCGUCUCCUUCACUCCUGGAAGCUGAGGACAUUGAAGAUUUGUUUUCACUGGCCCAGUAUUACCAGAGCAAAACCCCUCUGUCGCUCAGAAAGAUGAACCAGAAUCUGUUUGGUAGCAGCCUGGUGGCUCUUAAAGAAGAGGACACUGACCUGAGUCAGGCACUGUGUCUUCCUGUGUCCGUCCCUGAAAUCCUGCAGGCAAACCAGCUGCAGCAGGAUGGGGUACGUUUCUUUGUGGUGGAUUGUCGGCCAGCAGAGCAGUACAAUGCUGGACAUCUGUCCACGGCCUUCCACCUGGACUCUGACCUGAUGCUCCAGAAUCCCUCUGAGUUUGCACUCUCUGUGAAAUCCCUCUUGGAGGCACAGAAGCAGUCCUUAGAGUCAGGUUCCAUCGCCAGUGGAGAGCACUUGUGCUUCAUGGGCAGCGGGAGAGAAGAGGAAGACAUGUACAUGAACAUGGUGUUGGCACAUUUCCUACAGAAAAACAAAGAAUAUGUCAGCAUCGCUAAAGGAGGUUUCAUGGCCCUCCAGCAGCAUCUGGUAGAUAUGAAUGUCGAGGGUCUGGACUCUUCAUAUGUCCACUGGAUCGUCAGCACGUCUGGAUCUCACAGCAGUCUCAGCUCUGCUGAUGGAGAGUCUCUGAGCAGCCCUGGAGACAGCAAAGGUGUAAAGUCCCUGGUCAACAAAAUGACCUUUGCUCUAAAGUCCAAGUCAGUCAAUGUGAAGGAGAAGAUGAUCAGCUUCAUUGAGAACACCUCCACCCCAGUAGACAGAAUAUCUUUCAAUCUGCCCUGGCCAGAGAAGGUGAUUCCAGAUCGACAUGUAAGCAGCAGUGACCGUGUUGGCAAACCUUACCGGGGAGUGAAGCCUGUUUUCAGCAUUGGCGAUGAAGAAGAGUAUGACACAGAUGAGAUCGACAGUUCAUCCAUGUCGGAUGACGACCGGAAGGAAAUUGUCAACAUUCAGACCUGGAUAAACAAACCAGAUGUAAAACAUCACAUUCCAUGUAAUGAGGUGAAAGAAACAGGUCACAUGUUCCCCAGUCACUUGUUGAUCACAGCGACUCACAUGUACUGCCUGAGGGAAAUCGCCUCAAGGAAAGGCUUUGCCUACAUCCAGUCCAGACAAGCACUGAACUCUGUGGUGAAGAUCACAUCCAAAAAGAAGCACCCGGAACUGAUCACGUUCAAGUUUGGGAGCAACAAUUCAGCUGGAGUGGAGAUAUCGGCUGUCGAGAGAUAUUUGAUACCAAACGCGGGCGAUGCUACGAAGGUCAUCAAGCAGCAGAUCAUGAAAGUCCUAGACGCUCUCGAGAGCUCGUAAAUAGAGACGACGGGGUCAUUGUGGGAGAUUGUGACAACCGCCCAUGACACAAACUGUAAGAAGAGUCUCCGUCUGCCAAGAGUGAAACCUCCUCCUGCUCUCCCUCGGGUGUCCUCCCUCCUGGACAGAUCCCAGUGCAGUGUUGACAGUGAAGCCCUGUGUGUCUGUCUCUGGGACAUGUGGGCACAUCGCCGACUGCAGACCUGUUGGGACAGGCUGUUCAAAUACUUAGGUGCUCCGCAGUCAUCCAACCAUUAUCUUACACUAAUUUUAAAAAACAAAAACAAACAAAAAAAAACAAUAUUGGUUAUAGUGUAUGUUCUUCUUUGCUAUUAGUACAACAUGGGGUGUCAUUACAGUGCAGUUCCACUUUGAUGAUUUCCCUCUGGCCUUAACGUAGCGUACUGGCCGACCAGUUCAAUCCACACAUGACUGACCUUCUCCAGUUCUCAGUUCUGACCCUUUUUGUUGUGAACAGUAUUGCAUUUCUCUUAACGUACAUGUCAUCGUUCUGGUCAGGAAGGGAGCAUGAGUCAGCCAGCUCGGACAUAAAAAACGCACAUCCCCCCCCAGAAAAUAGCAGUGCUGGCACAUGAGACAGAUUUCCUACCACAACAACUGUUUUUGAUAAUUUUUGUUUUCCAGCAGGCAGCCUUAAAUAGAAGUUAUUUGAGGGUGUUUAUAAAUAUGUAUUGUAUAUAUUGUGUAAACUGCUCUAUAUCAGCACAGACCUUUGCAAUGUCGUUUUGAAAGCAUAUCCUGAUAGCUAGAACAAUGCUGCGAAACUUUCAUCUGGCUUCAUACGGUUUGAAGUUCCCUUUCUUUCUAGAGUAAGUCGUUCACAGUGUUUCUGGGAGAUAAUUUAUUCUCUGCUUUUACAUUUAAUAAUGAAUUAACCUCAUCUCAUAGCAGUCUGAUGUAGCUCUCAGAAAGCAUCGUCCACACAUGUCUGGACUACAUUAGAAGUACAAGAGGAGGUUCAGUGAUUGUAAAGAGCCUGAGCACCUCAGUAUUUUUUUUUCAUCCCAUUCAGAUGCGAACGUCUUUCCCAGAAAACUAAAUGAAAAUGUGCCGGUGAAAUAUUUUAAUCACAGAAGGCUGAUAACUGUUGAAAAGGUAAAGAUCGCUGUAACUCGGACUGUGCUUUGCACUUUUAAGCACAGUUUUGAAUGAAAAGAUUAUUUGUUUAAAGGAAAGUUACUAUAUAUCUAUGUUUUCAAAUCUGUCUUGUCGGUUGCAUUAGUCGAAACUGAGCAGCUUUAGUUGCUUGCCACUGUUGCCUUCGGCCUCAUGCCUGUGAUGUGUGAUAUUGGCACCAGCAGUGGCAACAUAUCACAGUAUACUGCUGCUUCUCCUCUAAUCUGUUUUGGACUUUUCCUCGCUCUCUCCUUGCUUACUUAUACAUUUGCGUUGAAGUCUAGUUGUGUCGGCAGCCUGAGUUAGAAGUGUCAGAGCCUCCUUUGUGACUGCUGCAGUUGAAUUUUCAGUCCAGAGAGCGUUGAUCCCCUUUUAAAAAAAAAUACACAAUGGUUCAUCAUCCUGACUAAAACAUAAGGCACAUUUAAAAUAUGGACAAGAAAAACCAAAUCUUGAAUUAAAGACUCUAAAAUCUGGUCUUUGUUCUCUCCAGUCUCUCAUUGCAUUCCUGUGUAAUCCAUGCAUUGUGUUGUAAUUUGUAAUUUUGUGAUAUUUUUCAGUAUUCUUAUUGACUGGAACAUCCUCGAAUGGGAGUCUUUACAUUCCUCUGUUACAUCACUGGCAAAGGAUGUCAACCACUGGUCGAAAAUGCAACAUGUCUAAAGUGUAAUUUGCACCUUACUGUACUGCUAUUAUUUUCUAAGCGUUUAUGUUUUUAAUAAAUGGAGAUUGUUCGACUGCA